AAGGCGAGAGAGAGAGGAGGAGGAAGAGACGAAGAGAGAGAGAAAAAAAGGUUAUUUCACGCCGUUUCACCCCUUUUUCCGCUCCUUUUUCCUUUUCUUUUUUAUCGGUGGCUGUCCAUGAAUAUCUUACGCCAGGUGCACACGUUCUUCCGAGUCGGUCCUGAUCUAGGCAUCAGAAGCAUGGCACUGUACGAGCCAACCGUCGCCACCAAGAAGGCUUCCUUCGGGAUGUCAUGAUUUUGGUUUCCGGAGGCCAUGUUCGGCUGUGUCCCCGGGGUCAUUCGGACCCGGGUGGGCUAUGCCGGCGGGUCAAAGGUUAACCCAACCUACCACAGUUUGGGUGACCACACAGAGACGGUGGAAGUGGACUAUGACCCCUCGCAGACAGACUACAGCAAGCUGCUGCAACUGUUCUGGAAGAACCACAACCCAACUUCCAACUGCUCUCGACAGUAUAUGUCUGCCAUUUUCUACCACAAUGAGGAGCAGAAACGUCUAGCAGAGGAGACAAUGAAGGAGGAACAGAAGAACCACGGGAAGCGCAUUGCAACCACCAUCACCCCCAUGAAAGCGUUCUACAUUGCUGAAGCCUACCAUCAGAAGUACAUUCUCCAGCAACACGCUCCAGUAAUCAACAGCCUGGACAUUGACCCCGGAGAUGAGCUCGUCUCUUGCCAUGUUGCUGCUCGCAUCAAUGGAUACUUGGGUGGUUAUGGAUCGGUGGCAAUGUUUGAGAAGGAGUGGAGUAGGUGGGGAAUAACAGAGAAGACUGCAGACUACAUCCGUAAGCAGAUCGUUUCUUCCUUUCGUGGCAAGUGCUAAACUCUGAUGCCUUCCUUUGAAUUGUAGGGAAUCAAGAAAGCAACUUAUUUAGGGUAUCAGUUAGGCAGAUGGUGUAGGAAGGAAUAUGUAAUUCUGUUUAUUAUUAUUACUGUUUGCCCCCCAUUUUCUCUGAUUAAUGAUGAUUAUUUUUUUUCCUGCUAAGUAUCAGUUAUUUCAUUGAUGUGAUAUGAGCCGAAUCCAGGAUUUCUGAAUUCUUUAAAAAAGAAAAUAAAAUAAAAAGAGAGAGGGGAUAGUUCAUUUGUAUGAUUGCAGUCAAAAUCUAUUUUUUAUGUCAGGAUAAAGAUAUCAGUUAUCUAUUUUUUUUUCCAUUUUUCAUUUUUCCAAUGUUAUUUUCUUUCUCAUCCAGCCUGAAAGGCUAUUUCCUAUCAUGCAGUAUUCAUGCUAACCUCACCGUCCAGUUUAGCUGCAGUUGUAGACAUCUGCAGCAGAAUAUUACAAAGCUUCCCUGUGCAUGCAUUAUAUGGUGUUAAUUUGAUAUUUGUAAACUCAGGAUCAGGAAGAAUGUUUCAUGCCUUAAUGAGCUAACUCAUUAGUAAUAAGGCAUCUCCAUUCUAACCCCACUCCACUCAUACUCACUGCAGUGUAUGGUAUAGUAUGUUUUAUGUUGUUACACAGCAAUGCUUUUGUGAAUCUGAAUGAUGUUUAUUGUACUUGUGAAGAAUGAUGUGGUUUGCUUACAAUUGGUCACAGUCAGGAAGGAAUUUAAUGUGUAUAUAGUUAGCUUCAGGAAUCGGGUAUAUGUACUCUUGUCGGAUUUGAGAUCUAAAUGGAUCAUGAUGCAUGGUAAUGGUAAAUGCAGUGCCCAGUAACAAUGCAUUUAAUUGUACUUACUUUGAGUAUUUAGACAAUCAUAGUCUAAUACUCAGUGAAUGAUGUUAAUUAUGUUAAUUUUUUUCUGGAUUUCAUUUUUGUUGUGUAUUCCUGUUGAAAAUUGAUGGUUUCUCUUUGACACAGGAAACAUGAUGAGUUAACUAAUAGAACCUCUGAAAUUAAUGAGAACUGGAUAUUUUGCACUUAUCAAGCUGCAUGGAAAUCAAAUGUAUUUUUUUGAUAACAAUAAUCCAGGCAAGACUGCUAAUGUUUUUUUUUUUUUUUUUUUUUUUUUUUUUAAGGUGCCAUUGAUGAAAAAAAAAUAUAUGUAGUAAAUGCAUUUUUGUGAGUAACAUGUACACAUAUAUAAACUUUUGUGCCUUUCUUUGUAAGACAUUUAAUUUACUUUGACCAUACAUGGCAAUGCUCCCGAGGGUCUGCGCAACUCAAGCAGAAAAAAGAAACAAUUAUUAAGUCAGACUUUCAUCUCCUCACCAGCCUGUUACUCUAGGCCAGAUUGCACCAUAUCAAAUGCAAUAGAAUUUUGUGUGUGCUUUUGGUGUCAUGUUGAAUCAAUGGUAAUGUUAGAUAGGCUCCUCUCCUGUGGUCUACUGUUUUUAGUUUUCAUCAUAUUUGCUAAGUUUUGUUUCUCUGUGUUGAUUCCCAUGUUAUUUAAUGGUUGUAGAAAAAUAUUUAAAUAUUGUUUGUACAAAUCUUCAGUUCACUAUUUGAUAUAAGAAAUAUUACAUGAUGUGAAGACUGAGAAACAAGAGGCCUUGGGUGGUUGCACUCCCGUGUGUACCUAUUUUUCUCGACAUGAGGACCAUCAGCACAGCAGUCCACUACCUCCCCUGUCAAAUUAUUGCAAUAGUGCCAGAACAACUUAUCCAAGCCGAGAGUAAGGGGCUAAAGUGGGGGAUUUCUGCACAAAUAGAUGAUAAUAGCAAAUCUAGAAUAUCUCAUUUUCAAAGACAAAUAUGUACAUGAAAGGAGAGGCAUCAGUACAACUCAUUUUAUUUACAUUUUUGUGGGUAAUAAGACUACACUAGAUGAGCAUUUCUCAAGUUUCAAGAUGUUGCAACAACUAAUGCCUUAGUCUCUGCUGCCUUAAAAGUGUCUCAAGUUUAAUCUGUAUGAUAAAUAAAUUUUGAGUUUAAGGCUGAUUUAUGAUCAGGUUUUUAAUUUCACUGGCUUUUAGUUGUGAUUUUAUAAUUGCAUGUUAAUUCUAAACAGAUCUUGGUAUCAUUGUGCUGUUGUAUGUAUCAAUUACUGAAUAUUGUGUAUUGUAUUGAUAACUGAAUAUGUCUGAGUAAGUGCAUGGUUAGCCAAGUAUUUUUGUGAAUGAAUACUCUCUUUUUCUCUGUAUGCCUUUGGAUUUUUUUAUCACAUGAUUCCUUUGUAUUGAUUUGAUUAUAAGAGGGUUUUUUUAAUAUAUUCUGGACACCAUUGAUAAUUUAGACUCUAAAUAAGAUGUAUUUCUCUUUGCAAUAUGGUACUUUAGCAUCAAACUGUAGUGAUCCCUUACUUUUUGAGAGGAAAUUUUAAUAAAGAGACGACCUUAUUGAAUGAGAUGCAACGGUGCAUGAAAGUCCAUCAUCUGAUGUGGCUUCCAUUGUAACAUGAAACUCAUGAAUCAAAGCAGUUCCUGCUGUUUGUGGGUGGAAGAAAUCAUAGAGGUGGAAUAGGCAUCUUAUGAUGUACUGUUUUUGCAUGUUUGUUGUAUCUCUGUUCUAAUCAUACAGGCCACAGUGUAUUAAAGCUUUGAAAUUUA